AUGGAGAAGGAAAAAAGAGCAGGGGUAUCGAAAGAUACCUCUGCCAACAUAUCAGGCGAUGUUGUGAUGGUGCCAGCAGCGGUACCAAAAACAACCGCAACAACAUCAGGUCAGGCUUCUGACCAGUCAACUUCCAGAAUACAAAAAAGGAAAUUAAAAAAACAAAGCCCAAACAAGGUUAAAAGAACCAACUCGGCUAAGCGGCAGGCGAAUAAAAAAAAAAUGGAAGGGAGUGGUAAAGGGGACUUUACCACUGAAAGUGACUUCUCAGACUAUGCUGAGUCUGAGAAAACGGAAUACAUUUCCGAAGGUGGAGAGGGCCACUACAGGUCUCCGAAUAAUAGGUAUUCAAUCCUAUCGGAGCCAGAGCCAGUGCCGUCAACAAAGAAGGUGUUGGAGGGAGAGGGGGACCUCCAAGAAGAAACAGAACUGGUGGAGGCCCUGCAAGCCAAACAGGCUGCCAUCAGCCAGUUUGAGCAAAACCUCAAAAAGCUUAAGGAGGAAAUGGAGCCCCUCCUUAGACAGUUAAAGUUGAAGCAAGAGGCGCGCCGUCAAGAAGAGGCGCAACAACAACCACAAAACAAGCCCGCUUCCAAAAUCUCAGGAGCGGAGCAUUUUAAAAAGACACCGCCAGCAACAGCAGGCCCAAGUGUUGAGGGCCCAACAACCUCAACAAAAGCCAAACAACGGCUACAAGAAGAGUCAAAACAGCCGCAGCAACAACCAAUCCUGCAGCAGCAGCAACAGCAACAGCAAUCAGUGAAAUAUCAAAAUGGCCCUGAUAAAAAGCAGUUCCAAUUCACCACCCAUCCUGAGGGAGUUACCCAAUCGCUUAAUCGCUGA